AUGCGAAGGCCAACGCCUGGGGGGAGCUUCUGGGGACCCUGGACGGGGAUCCGUGGGGGCGCCCGUACCGUAUCAUUCGGAAAAAGCUUCGGCACGCGGGCCCCCCCGGUUGCGGAAACCCUUGAUCUGGGGUUCCUGGAAGAGGUGGUUGCCACGCUCUUCCCAACGGACGCAGAGGAGGAGGCCCGGCCUCGGGAGGACCCGGAAACUAUAAGGCGCAGAGCCGCAUGGACGGAGAAGGACAGGGUCACCGAGGGAGAGCUCAAGCGGGCGGUGGACAGGAUGUUGAAGAAGAACACCGCCCCGGGUCCCAACGGGAUUCCGGGGAGGGUGUGGUCCAUCGCCCUGAGCGUCCUCGGUGACAGGCUGAGGUGCCUGUUUGACAGAUGCCUCCAAACGGGUCAGUUCCCGGCCUCCUGGAAGGAGGCCGGGCUUGUACUAAUCCCGAAGGCCGGGCGACCCGAGGACGAUCCCUCGUCCAAAAGACCUAUCUGCCUGAUCCCGCAGGUGGCAAAAAUAUUUGAAAGGAUUGUCGCGUCUCGCCUGACAGCGCACAUGUCAUCGGUGGGCCCCGACAUAGAGCGCUGCCAGUUUGGCUUUAGACCGAGGAAAUCAACCGUUGGUGCGAUACGGCGGUUGAGAUCCCUGGUUGACAAGGCGGUCUCCAGGGGCGGGGUGGCGUUGGCGGUCAGCCUAGACAUCUGCAACGCCUUCAACACUCUGCCCUGGGAUAAGAUAAGGGAGGGCCUUCGCCAAAAAGCGAUCCCUCCCUGUCUGCGGGAGGUGGUCGGAGCCUUAGUGACCGCAGGAUCGUCUGUGGCAACCAGAACGGAGGAUGCAAGCGAUGGACGGUCAGCAUGGGGGUCCCGCAGGGUUCUGUCCUCGGGCUCAUCCUAUGGAAUGUCGGAUACGACCGUGUCCUUAGCCUGCACCCGUCCGCCGGUGUGGCGAUUCACUAGCUGGGACUUAGAGUGGCCCUCCAUAAAACAGAGAUACUCUGGUUUUGGGGGGCCGCGCGAGAAGGGGCCGCCGUGGAGACACAUCUCCGUGGAUGGCACGCGGGUCGAGGUGAAGUCCCAGAUGAAGUAUCUGGGACUGAUCCUCGACUCGCGGUGGGGAUUCCAACCCCAUUUUGAGUGGCUGGCAACUAAACUGAGCUCGGCGAUAACUGGCUUUCGCCGUAUUAUGCCGAACCUGGGUGGACCUUGUGAGCGGGUUCGCCGCCUCUACAUGGGGGUGGUGCGGUCGAUAGCUAUGUAUGGCGCGUCUAUUUGGUGUCAGGCCCUGGUGGCCUCUGCGCGCAACAUUCAACUCCUGCGCAGAGAGCAGCGCAGAAUGGCUAUCAGGGUUGUUCGGGCGUACCGCACUGUCUUUGGUGGGGCGGUGUUUGUGCUCGCGGGCUCUGUCCCGUGGGUCUAUGUGGCAUGCUCCCUGGAGGAGGUGCACAACUGGAAGGAGCAGCUCGCCCACGGGAGCGAGCCUGUGACGCUGAGCUCGCUCACGGAAAGGAGGGACCAGGCUAGGGGGGACGAGUUUCGGCAUUGGCGUGAGAGGCUCCCUCACGUCAGUGUUGGACUCAGAGUUGUCGAGGCCGUCGGGCCCAUACAGGACCGAUGGGUAGGGAGGGAUCGCGGGGGCCUUUCCUUCCGCAUGACGCAGGUGCUCACCGGGCAUGGUUGUUUCGGUGAGCACCUGCACGAGAGGGCUGGACGGGAGGCCACCGCAAAGUGCCACCACUGUCCGGAGCCUAGGGACACGGCGCAGCACACUCUGGAGAUAUGUCCGGCAUGGGCUGACGAGCGCCGUGCCCUCAUGGCAGUUGUGGGGCACGACCUCUCCCUACCCACACUAGUGGAGAAAAUCCUAGAGAGUCAGGAAAAGUGGGACACUUUCGCCUCCUUCUGCGAAACUGUAAUGUUGCAGAAGGAGGCGGCAGAGCGGGUGCGGGAGGAUGCGCCUGACGUACCGCCUGAGAGAAGGCGAAGAGGGGGGGGGAGACGGAGGAGGGUAUGCCUGCAACAACAUCAGUAGAUCCUCCUCCCUCCCCCGCCCUCUCAGUGGGAAGAUCGGGAUAGGAGGAGGGUGGCUCUGUCGCACUCGUCCUGCCCCAUUGGAAUAUUCGCCGGCGUCCCCGGUGGCGGCGGCAAUAUACCGCCGUCACCGGGAGACCCUGCUGGCGCGGCUGUAGCUCCCCUCUUCCCCCGUUACAAGGGGGAAGGGCGGAUAGCCGGGAAGGAACAGUGGGGAGGGGGGACUCUCACAGCGCCGGCUAGACCGGACAGAGAGCCCUACCCUCUCCACUAUUGAGGAGGUACGCCUCGGGCGGAAUCAGCGGCGGGGUAGUUGCCCGGCUGACCCGUCUCGGGGCUUGGGAUGCGAGAGUGCGUAUCUAGGGCCCUCUUCCAGGGGGGUCCGGCGCACUCCCGGCAUCCCGGUUCGGGCGGCUGGGGCUCGACUUCGGUCGAGCUCUGGCCGCUAACUCU